AAGCCGUUUAACAUGAACGCAUCUUCUGCCGCUGGAAAACCACGAAGUACUGCUGCCUUUCAGUGAAAUAUGUCGCUGUUCGCUACUAAUGUUAAUUAAGAACUUGACAGCUGCACAGUCAACGGUUUAGCUUGGAGACAUUACUGGACACAAGAUCCGGAGGAACAGGCGGGAGAGAACCGGAGCCAGUCUGGCAGACCAACACUGGGGUUGGUCCGGCGGUCAUGUACAGUACAAGGAAGACCUGGGACCUCAGCCACGCCCACUGCACGCAGGAGUUCUGGAGGAAGAACGUGUCAUUGGAUGCAAGCUCAGUGGAUUUCCUGAUGAGUGAUGGAGACGAUGACGGCUCCUUCUUGUCUCUGCCGACUACUGCUUUUUCACAGCGCCCCUCUCUGAACGCCGAGCUCGCCGAGCCAAACUCCGCGAGCCAGCAGCUCCUCAUCCAGACAUUACAAGACAAAGUUUGUGCAUUCAAGGCGCGUCUUCGCUCUGAAGAAGUUGCACGCCGUCUGCUGCUCCAGCAGCUGCAGCAGCUGAGCGUCCACGACACGACGUGCAGCAGUGACGGCGUCGAGGUGCUGGAUGCCACGCCCACAGGUGUGAAGGUUUUGCAGCAGAGUGACUGUUUGAGGAGUCCAGAAGAGCAGCUCAUUCCACAGCUGCACACACAGGUGAAGGAGCUGGAGGAGAAGCUGUUGGAUCAGACUGAGGUGGAGAGACAUCGCUCUGAACUGGGGGCGACAGACGUGGAGAAGCAGCUGGAGCUGCUGGUGGUUGAGAAUGAGCAUCUGAAGCAGGAGCUGAAGUCAUGCAGGAGUUCAGAGCUUCAGAGGGAUGAGAAGACUCCUUCAGACUCCUGCAGCUGUCCACACAGACAGGAUGUAGAGGCCCUGCGACAGGAAGUGUCCCGCUGGGAAAGCCAGGUCUGGCAGAAGGACCGGCAGUUGGCUGAGCUGGAGAAAGAGCUACUUGAGAAAGCGGCCAAAGUGGAAAACCUCCAGCGUCAGCUCGACAAGUCAACCCGACAGCUGGGGGAGUCGCAGCAGCAGGGGAAGGCGGAGCUACAAUUGGCCCAGCGACUACAGGAGUGCAAGGAGCAGCUUACCCGGCAGGCAGCCACACCCCCCAGGGUCAAGUAUUUGACUCAGACGGUGGAGGUGGAGUCUGGUGAUGCUAACAAGGCCCUGGCUGAGGUGCAGUCCAAGAAUGCCGCCCUGCAGGACCAGCUGGCUGUGCAGCGGCAGCUGCUGCGAGAGUUUGAGAGUCAGCUGCACGAGUCGCAAAGAACCUGCACUCAGCUCAGGACGCAGAUUUUGGUGUAUGAAUGUGAGAUGCAGCGGGCACAGGGACAGCUGGAAGUGGAGAUGCAGAACCUGGAAGAGGAGAAAAAUCGUGUGAUUGAGGAGGCAUUCAUCAGAGCUGAGAGUGAGAUGAAAGCCGUGCACGAGAACCUGGCAGGAGUGCGUAUGAACCUGCUGAGCCUGCAGCCGGCCCUGAGGACUCUUACCUGUGACUACAACUGUCUGAAGAGGCAGGUGCAGGAGUUCCCCUUCAUGCUGGACAAGGCUAUCGCUGAGGCAAAGCAAGAGAUCUGUCAGGUGAUCAGCGAGGUGAGCAGCACCAAUCAGGAACUGCUGCGUAAAUACAAGAAGGAGAUGAAUCUGAGGAAGAAAUGCCACGACGAGCUGGUUCGCCUAAGAGGUAACAUCCGUGUUUUCUGCCGUGUUCGUCCGGUCAGUCAGGAGGAGCAGGACGCCGCCGACUCUAAAGCCAUGCUGAGCUUUGACUCUGAUGAUGAUGCCAUCCUGUACCUCUCCAACAAGGGCAAAAUCCUGACCUUUGAACUUGACAAAGUCUUCCCACCUCAGGCCACACAGGAAGAGGUGUUUCAGGAGGUCCGGGCUCUGGUCACUUCCUGUAUUGAUGGCUUUAAUGUGUGCAUCUUUGCCUAUGGACAGACGGGCUCAGGAAAAACGUACACAAUGGAGGGUGUAGCUGAGGACCCCGGUAUUAACCAGCGAGCUCUUCGCCUGCUGUUCUCUGAGGUGUCCAACAAAACUCCAGACUGGGACUACAAGAUCAUAGUCAGCAUGGUGGAGAUCUACAACGAAACACUAAGAAACCUGCUGAGCGACGAUCCCAACGAGAAGCUGGACAUCAAGCUGAACCCUGACGGCAGCGGGCAGCUUUAUGUUCCUGGACUGACAGAGUUCACUGUCCUGAGUGCUGAUGACAUAAACCAGGCGUUGGAGCUGGGUCACAUGAAUCGAGCGACGGCCUGCACUAACCUGAAUGAGCACAGCAGCCGCUCGCAUGCGUUGCUUAUGGUCACUGUAUUGGGCUUCAACGCCGCCACCGGCAGCCGCACACGAGGAAAGCUGAACCUGGUGGACCUGGCUGGUUCAGAGCGGAUUGGGAAGUCUGGGGCCGAGGGGAACCGUCUGAGAGAAGCUCAGUGCAUCAACAAAUCUCUGUCGGCGCUCGGCGACGUCAUCCACGCCCUGCGGAGCAAACACACCCACGUCCCUUUCAGAAACUCCCGCCUCACGUACCUGCUGCAGGACUCUCUGAGCGGCGACAGCAAGACGCUCAUGAUGGUCCAGGUGUCUCCUCUUGCCGACAACAUGAGCGAGUCUGUCUGCUCCCUCAAGUUUGCCCAGCGCGUUCGCACCGUGGAGCUGAGCUCCGCCUCCUCCUCCUCCCACCGCAGACACGAGAACUCGUCCACGUCGUCCUCGCCCACACACGACAGCGUCGAGCUGGACUCGCCCCCCGUGACACCACUGCCCCUCCCCAUCUCCCGGGCCAGCAGCGCUGGCUCCACCCUGUCCUCCACCUCCAGGACGCCGAGCAGCUCCCGGAGGAGGUCUCAGUCUCAGCUGUCCGCAGACAGACUCGUAGACAGAGCGAGUCCGCUGGUGGGGGAUGGUGGGCAGGACGGUUGAAGAUGACCACCUGAGCCUGAGGGGGUGGAGCAGUGCCCUGUGGCAUGCUGGGACAUGGCCACCCUGAAAUGUUUUACAACAAGGAGCAAAGACUGAUGGGACUUCUAGAGGCCGGGAUGACGGAUGUCAAAGAUGGAGGUCAAACUUGAUCUCUGAAUGAACGAUCAAAAAACAGGAGUAUUAAGCUCCACCUAUCAGGAGUGAACCCUGAAAAUUGCAACAUUUACUCGCAGUAUUUAUUUAAUUUUACUGAAGUUUUACUUUAAACUUGCAGAUUAUUUUCUAACCCACAAUCCCAAAUUACCAGUAAUAUAUUCACAAUAUGUUUCUAAUAUUUAUAUUUAUUUUGAACUGUUUAGAUUCAAAAUAAUGAGAUUUAUCAGAAUUAAUUAUUUAAUUCUGAAUUUAUUUAAUCUUUUUUUUUGGGGGGGGGGGGGGCUAAUUUUUAAAUAGACCUUUUAAUGAUGUAGCUGCUGUCCAAUCAGCAGCCUUGUGAUGCUGGUUGUCCAAUCAGAACGAGAGCAAUACGAACACUGUGUCUUUACAACUGUCGUGCUUCAGUGUUUCUUCUUGAUGUUUCUUUAUGCUGUGUGGGCGGAGCUUCAAAGUUUUAUUUU